AAUGUGAGUUCUAUUUUUGUUUUGGAAAAACUGGAAAAGCUGAAAAUGACGCAGAGGAGUGACAGUCAUUGUGCUGAAGGCUGCUUUGGUGACUGCACUGCCUGAUCUUCACAGACGACAGUGUUGGUUCGCUGGUGCACAGCAGUAAAAUGGAAGACUCUGAGCCACUGCUGGCCACAAGGUCAGAGGAGAGGAGGCUUAACGGACACUGCAGAUGCGGCACUCACACUCUGUCGAAGAUGGUGGAGGACUUCAGACGAAGGCUCAAGUACUUCUUCAUGAACCCCUGUGAGAAAUACAGAGCCAGGGGUCGCAAACCAUGGAAACUGAUGAUACAAAUAUUAAAAAUUGCGAUCAUCACAGUCCAGUUAGUCUCCUUUGGCCUGAGCAACGAAAUGAUGGUCACUUUCAAAGAAGAUAAUCUGAUGACAUUCAGACAUCUGUUUCUAAAAGGAUACAAGGAUCACCGGCUGGGAAGCUAUGCGCUGUACACAAAAGCAGAUGUAUAUGAUCACAUCUACUACAUUAUGGACAGGUACAUCAAUCUCCCAAACCUGACAGUAGGUAACCUUGCAUACGAGUGGGCUGGUGGAAAGUACACGCCCCUGUCUGUCUGUCAAGAGUUUUACAGAAACAGUAGCAUCGAUCCUGAAAAUGAGACCUUUGAUAUUGAUCCCCAUAUUGAUAAAGAUUGUAUUUUCAUAAAUCCUGUGCAGUCGUUCGACAACAGCAGUUUGAACUUCUCUAUAGAUUUCAAAAGGCUGCUAUCAGUGAACAUCUACCUUACUCUGAAAACCAUCAAUCUGCAGACUGUGCGGCACCACGAGCUACCAGACUGUUAUGACUUCCAUGUGAUGAUCAUGUUUGACAAUCGUGCACACAGUGGAAAGAUAAAGGUUGAUGUUAAAAAUGACGCAAGAAUUUAUGAAUGCAGAGACUGGAAGGUGGAAGCUGAUAAGAACGAUUACCUCCUCUUGUUGUUUGACUCUGUGGUCAUCCUUGCCUGCUUCACCUCUCUCAUCCUUUGCACGCGAUCCAUCAUCAAUGGAAUCCAACUCCAGUUUGAAUUCAACACAUUCUUCCACGCCUACUACAAUAAAAUAGUUACUUGGUCAGACCGCAUGGAGUUUGUGAAUGGCUGGUAUAUCCUGAUCAUUGUGAGCGACACACUGACCAUCGCUGGGUCAGCGCUCAAAAUUGGAAUACAAAAAAAGUACCUGACAGACUAUGAUGUCUGCAGUAUCUUGCUGGGAACAGGCACAAUGCUUGUCUGGGUCGGUGUACUUCGUUACCUUGGUUUCUUCAAGAAAUACAACAUAUUAAUCUUAACCCUAAGGGCAGCAUUCCCAAAUGUGAUCCGAUUCUGCUGUUGUGCGGCCAUGAUCUACUUCGGGUACUGUUUCUGUGGUUGGAUCGUCCUCGGGCCUUACCAUGACAAAUUCCGAACGCUCGACAAGGUGACAGAGUGUCUCUUCUCUCUCAUCAACGGGGACGACAUGUACGCCACCUUCCUGCAGAUGAGAGACAAGGGCUACAUGGUGUGGCUUUUCAGCAGACUUUACCUCUACUCCUUCAUCUCCCUCUUCAUCUACAUGGUGCUCAGCCUGUUCAUCGCUGUGAUUACUGACACCUAUGAGACCAUCAAGCAUCACCAGAAAGACAAGGCGCCCGUGUCCCAGCUUCAGGCCUUCAUAGCUGAGUGCAGGGACCAGCCAGAGUCUGGAAGAUACCAGACUGAUGAAGAGCCAGCUUCCCGCUGCCUCUCUCCGUGCUGCUGCUUUUAAUGACAUGAGAAGAUGUGUCUUUUACCUUUGCCAAGUGCGGACAAAGAGCUGACAUAUGAUGAAACUGAAUAAAGCCACAGAGAGCAUAGAAUAUCUUCUUGCUUGAGUAGAAUGUUAUUAACUUGUUUUUUUUUUACUUGACUUGCUGACCACUACUGAAGUAAAAUGCUAAAUUUUUCCUGUUAAAGACUGCUCAGAGGACCUCUUCGUUAAAUGGUCACUAGUGUAAUAGCCUUAUGGCAAUAAUUUAAAUAUGAACAUGCACUAACAACCAAUUCCUCCUCAGUUCAGUGAUGCAUUCAAAAGUGGUGGACUACUUUUAUUUGCAAGAAUGAUUUGUUAGUGAUUCACUGAUGAGAAAUGUCCCCCUCACUGCACGAUAACAACAUAACUGGAGGUUUUACAAGCACUUGAGUAUACUACUUAAUUAAUGUAGCUGUAGGCACUAGGCAACAUUCACUGCCACUAAAUGUCACACAAGAGCACCAGCAUUUCGGCCCACCAAAUGCCAUUGAUACAAACAGUAAUUUUACCUCACAGAUGAUCAUAAAACACACAGAAAUAAAAUAAAAUUCACCAAAAUCAUCUUUGUUAGUCUUUCCACUGUUCCAACAAUCGCCCACUCUGGUUUGUCAAAAUAAACCCUCAAUUCACCAAAAUAUUCUGAGUCUAUGCCUCAAACGAUGUAAUACUUGGUAACAAAUGCGACUGGCAAAGUAGCAUAUGUCCACUAAAAGUACAACAUGAUGACAUUAUGGAAAUUAUCCCUAUAGAAACAUAGGGAUCCAUUUUGUUAAAUCAAAAACAGCCGUUAUGUCGCCCCACCAGACUCAAAAAACCUGUAAUUUUAGAUUGCACUUGCAGAUCAUAGUUAAACGAACGUAGUUCAAACUUGACAGAAAUGACCAAAUCUGUGUUAGUCUUUUCACAAGGGGAGUGAGACACCAUUCUUUGCUCAGGCUAUCUUUACAUAGCAAAUAAUUGGUUACUUCUAUAUUAAUGUUCAGAAUCUCUGAUACAGAACCUUUAAAAAAGUAGAUUUUACCGACUUUGAAAUCUAACUUCCCCUGAAUGUACCUACCUAUGUGAUUUAAAAGCUACUAAAUACAGUUCAUUAAGUAAGUAAUUGCUUGCUUUUCAUCCUUUGUAGGAUCUUGGUGUAUAUUUUCUCUGCAUAUUUUGAACUGGGCUAUAUAUGUCUCUGGGAUUCUACUUUGUGUAUUUUUUUUACUAUUGCUAUGUAUUUUUUGUGCACUGUCUGAUUAUAUUAUAUAUUCUAUUCUAAUAUACUACAUGUGUCUUAAGCGCAACAUAAUAGUUUCACUGACAACUAUGAAAUAAAAAAAUGUAUGCCACCGUG